CGAUUCCGCAAUGGUCUUCGACCCGCGCUCCGUCGCCUUUGAGGGCCGUCUACACGCCGAUCGCCACACCGCCGAGUACGUGGGACGUGCCAACAACGAGGCCGAUGCGGCCUGCUUCCGCUCCAGACGCGCGGCGGGUGUUCCCGCUCGAUCCCGUGCCUUCUACUUCGAGACUCAGGUCGUGGCAACAAACCCUGAAUUAGCCUCGAGUUUGCUACCUUCGAGAAUUAAUACACCACACUCGUCUACAGCAAUCCGACGCCAUGCAGCGCAAGAUCGUGACGCUGCGGCGACAUCUACUCGGGGCUGGCGACGUAGUGCUGAGCUGGAGGCUAUGGACAUGGAGGACGUGCAGCUGCCAGCGCCCAACGGAGGCACCAGUGGUGUACCUGUGAAUUUUAAUUUCUCACUAAAUUCCAGAACCAUGCAGCACAUGCGCGCACGACUCGACCGCCGCAGACUGCGCCGCAGCAGCGAGAAGAAGCGGUUCAGCCACAAAGUGGCCGUAGGCUUUCUACUCGACGAGGCCGCGCAGAAGUCCACAGCUUCAGGAGGUAUCACCAGAGGUUUUACCGGUUUUUCGGGAUUUCUAGAGGCUCGUCGCACUGUGAAGCAAUUGAUGCAGAGAGUUCUACCAGACACGACGGCAGACGGAGCGUCAGAGUCAUCAGAAGAAGGAGAACGGAAACCUGUGAAAACUUAUCCUUCGAUUCUGCAUCGAGAUCUGGGCGAGACUGUCAAUUCGCUGGCCUAUGUGGGCAAGACUGGAUGCGUCAUCUCGCACGGACGCGAGUUCUUGCAGUGCGAGCGCUACGGAGCGGGCGACGUGUUGAUGGGCCUGUUGGCAGCUAGAGAUGUGUACGAUCUGGAUGAUUUUAAGGGCGUAGAGAAAGUGGACGAGAGUGGAAGUGACGAAGACACGGAAAGUGACGAGGAAGGUGCUACGAAUGGCACCAAGUCUGAGGAGGGUGUGAAGAUUCUAUUGGACAGAAUUGAGGACGUGGAGAUGGAAGACACUGACGGGCGAUACGAAGAGGAAAAGGCGCUGUAUCCGGCGGUGAGUCUCCAUGGCGCUGGAGAGUGUGUGAAGGGAGUAUUUGAACCGCAGGAGUUUGUAUUCGAUUUAGCAGGAUUUGAACAACAGCUCCAGAAGGAACGACAACGAGCUUUACUUGCCGAACGCGAGAAAAGAAGUGCAAGCGGUCCUGUUGACGCUGUUGAGCAGGCAGACUGUGAGGAUGAAGCUGCGGCAAGUAUGCUUAUGCAAGAUUUCUUCCUGCAUUACGGCUACGAGAGUGCAUAUCAAGCCUUUGAAGCCACUCAGGCAGCUUCAACGCAUCAGGAAUCGUCGAAUGGGGUGGAAUUGAGCUGCGAUCGAGCGGAUACGACUGCUGUACCUCUCAACCUAAAGGAAGAAAGCAAAAACGAGGAAAUGCACUGGGCAGAAACACCGUUAAACGCUAAGAAACAAGAGAUGCUCGACUCUCUCAGUGUUCGCCACCAAGUGUGUGACCACAUUCGUGGCUUUCGGACAGCACAGGCGCUUGUAGUACUGGAACAACAUGUGCCUGCACUCCUGAACAACUGGUCGAGCUAUCGCUCCAGACGUCUGCGAAAACUAAUACUGUACUGUCGGAUUCUCUGCGUCAUCGACGUCCUGACUAACGAAGGUGAAACAAAACCAGCUGCUGUGUCAACCAACGGUUCAACAACGUCGUCUACGGAGGAGCUCGAGUGCAAUGGGUGGAAUCCAAAGCUGGCGAUUGAAUUCGCACGGCAAGUCUUUGCAUCUACCGAGAUUUCGAAUGGGAAACGCAAAAGAACAGACUCCAGUAAUGGCACGCACAAGCUACACGAGAGUACAGAUGAUGUCGCGCUGGCUAUGAGCCUUCUGCUGUACGAUCGGCGUGAGAACGUACCCUCAACGAGUGGAGCCAUCAAGUUCUUGACGCCUGCGUUCCGAGAGUCCGUCGCUGACCAACUGAACAGUUUAUUGCUGACCAGCGAUGAUUCCACGAAGUCGCAGGCACGAGUCUCAGCGCUUGAAACCUUCAUGAACGAGCUGGAGCAUUUGCAGAAGGAAUGUCUGCGUCAGGGCUGUCGUGUAUACCCGGAUAGUGUUGAAAAUACGAGUAACGGGCAACACAAGACUAGUCGGCGCCGACGAGCUUCAGUGUAUUCCAGCUCAGACGAUUCGUCGUCUCAAAGCGAACAAGAAGAUCGAUUAGAAGACGAGGACGAGGAUGAAUGA